AUGGAGACGCUGUUGUGGCAGGUGGAGCAGCUGCCCGGGCUCCUGGCCGUGUCCCGCUCGGGGCAGGUCCGGGACUGGGACCCGCCAACCCUGGACAGAGCCCUGCAGUGGGGCCGCUACUUCCAGCACCUGCACGGCCGCUUCCGCGCCCAGCCCCGGCUCCGGGCCGCCCUGGGGCAGCGGCUCCGCCGAGGGCAGCCGGGGCCGCCGCUAGGCUUCGGACACCUGGGGCGCUGCCCGGAGCUGCUGGGCCUAGCGCUGCUGGGUAACCGGGCGCUGCCGCCCGCCGCCUGCCACCGCCUCCUGCGGAGCUUGCUGCUGCCGCCCAGCGGCCAGGCUACCCCGGGGCCCUGCAGCCUCGGCCUCCUGGCCCGGCGCAGGGCCGCCGUCCAGCUGCUGCCGUCGCCCAGCCCAGCCCCGGCGCGCCCUGAGGAGCUGGAGCCGUCGCUGCGGACCGAGGCCCAGCUGCUACUGUCCCGGCUGCAGGAAGACGAGGAGGAGGAGCAGGGACCGGCGGGUGUCCUGGAGCAUCUGCCCGGACCUAAGGUCUACCGGGUGCUGGCGGCGCUGCUGCUGGAGCAGGCCGGGGACAACGCUGGCAGAGAGGGGGCCAGCUGGGCAGAGCACAGGGAGGGGCCCAGGCCGGCUGCGGCGGUGCUCUCCUGGCUGCUCGGGGACCCAGGCCGCCUCUCCGCUUUCUGCCGCCUCCUCCCGGGCUCCCUCCUCGUUGCCCUUUCUGCCCGAUACCCCCAGCUGGGCACCCCUUACUUGCAUCUCCUUACCAGCUGGGGCAGCCGCUUGCGCUACGAUCCCCUGCGCGGCCAGUGGGCCAGCAGCCGCUGCCCUAGUGAGGACGAGUUCUCCUGGGAAGAGCUGCGGGAGCGCUUCAGCUGCUUCAUGAGGGGACCUGACCCGCUCCGAGAGGCUGCCCUGGCUUCUCUGAAAAAUCUGAAGAUCCAGGAUGGAGACUUCGAAGUCUGCGGCCUGAGUGUCUGGACUGACCUGUUGCUGGAGAUGGAGGCACCUCUCUAA